AUGUCUAAGACCUACAUUUGCUCUGCUCAUCCUGGCUGCAACGCAACUUUUACCAGGUUCAUCGACUUCAAGAGACACGAGGCCGCAUAUUCAUCAGAUGGGUAUAUCUGCACCUGGCCCGGCUGCGACUUUGCGACAAAGAGGAAAGUUAACUAUGAAAUCCAUUCUGCUAAGCAUACGGGCGAGCAACGCUACAUCUGUCCUCACGAUGAUUGUAACUACAAGACCCACGACCCCGCCAGCUUCACGCGCCACCGACAGAAACAACAUGGGUAUGUUCCUCUGCGCCGCGGUCGUGGUGUUCCCUCUACAAAAGGGUCAGGCGGGAUUCAACCGUCAUUCCAGCCCCCGGCACAGCCCCAGCCCCCGGCAGAGUUUCUUUCCCUUGGUACAUUCUCCCAACACCAAUACCAAUACCAAUACCAAUACCAAUACCAACUUCAAGCCACGCAACUGCAGCCCAUGCUACCGCAACCCAUGCAACUGCAACCCAUGCUAUCCCAACCCAUGCUUCCGCAACCCAUGCAACUGCAGCCCAUGUCGCGACCCAUGCUAUCCCAACCCAUACAACUGCAGCCCAUGCCACCGCAGCCCAUUCAACUACAACCCAUUCAACUGCAGCUCAUGCAACCGCAACCCAUUCAACCGCAACCCAUUCAAUCGCAACCCAUGCCACUCCGGCCCAUGCAAUCUCAUCCCAUUGAACAUAAACUCCAACCCACCCAAUACCAACCCCCUUCACCUAUCUACGACUCGUCAUUGGGAGUCUUAUACGGUUCAACAGAUACCGCGGACGACUACACCAUGUAUACUCCACCUGCGAGGACCUCCAACGGGUGGACUGAGGGAUGCAUGUGUCCUGAAUCGAUGCAGAGACGCCCUUCGGAGAUGCUAGGGUAUGAAUAUUAG